AUGGUACGAAAAUUGGUAGGGACGGCUGUAGAGGAAACGGAAGAAGUGAUAAAGCCGAGCGCUGUCGCGGGGACUCUGACCUUCGAAAAUGAUACCAUUUAUCCAGUUAUUAUCGUUGAUCACAAUGGAACGCGAACCUUGGAUCCUGGUCAGUCCCAAGACAACUACCUCGUCAACGACUUUAGCGUGGAUCUGACCUUGAAGCUACCAGACACUAAUAAGGCGAAGAAGAGUUUCCCUGCAAAAGAAUUUAAAGAGCGCACGCUUAAAAUGAGCAAGAUCUUCGCAGAUCACAUUAUGGAUUUGCAUCGUACCAAUGCUCCCGGCGCCGGAUCAGAAUUCAAACUAAAUCCAGGCUCUCAAGAAGAAGAAGAAGAAGAAGGAGAAAAAGAAGAAGAAACUGUUAACUUAUCACCGUCUUGUCCUUUCGAACACAAAUUUAAGAGCAAAACCCGAAAACGGAUAGUUAACAUCAGCAGUUUUUAUCGAUCGGGGCCUCUAACCAAAAAGUGCGGAAGCUUUGAAAUUGCAUCUAUCACAGUAGUCAGCUCGCUGUCAUGCCAGCCAGGAAGGGCCAAAAAUGUUUGGAACUUAUUGGUUACCUCAACAAAAAUCAAACACACUGAUCUUAGAAUCUUAAAAUGAACAUCAACUCGAGUGCGUGAACAAACAGUAAGUUAUUGAGACAUAAGUUUUCUCGUUGUCUGCGGUUGAUUCUUAGACAUACUGUGAAAAUCGAGGGUAAUUAAAUAGGAAUAAUUUGUCCAAAAUAAUCUCCCAAGCCUUUUUGAAAACCUUUUAAUGGCGCGGGUGACAAAUUACGUCACGACAAUUGUGAGUUUUUUAAUUGUUUAUCGUAAGAACUCACCACGCACUGAAGCAUGUACAGCAUAAAUGUUAGCAUAGCUAUGGAAUCCAAGUUAGCAUUUUGUAAAGUUGGACAAUUCAGUUCAUUUUCAGUGACUCAGUUUAAAGAGAAACUAACGAUUAAUGAUAGUUAAACAACAGUAAAUUGUUUCCGCAUUAGAGCUGCAGCACCGCUGAGAUUGUGUCCUUCCGGUCUUUACUUUUGCUUCAGUCAAAGUGUUUAUGUUGUGGUUCAAUUUUAUCCUUGGUUUAAUUUUUCUUUCCUUUUGUUUUUGGGUAUGGUAAUGUAUGAUAGUGAGUUUCUAACAAAAGAAAAUAAAAAUUGAACCAAGGGUAAAAUUGAACCACAACAUUUACAUCAGUUUCUUGUAGUGAUACCGACAAACCCGGCUAAAGGUAUCGCCGAGCAUAGACCGGACAAACCGGCUUUUGAUGCGUCGUCAUGACAGAGGCUACAUUUUAGCAGGAACAUGUAGUUGUUAUUAGACGGGAAGUUUUGAUCAUCUUUCAACCGAGACAAGGGAGCGGAUGUGACCACUCUAAACAAGUCAAAGUGCAUUUAAAGAGCCUUAUCCUAGGCUAGUAAUUUGUCAAGAAGCUGGACUCUGAUUGGUCGGCAAAACCAUUAAAUCAAAUGUACAUGCGAGUGCUAUAAGUGGAAACUAAUGUUUCAUAACAAAAACAUGGUUUUUUUUUCCGUGUUUAUAAACCAGCGUCAUCAAUUUAUGUAAUAACAUUGUUUGCAAAUUGACAGGUCCCUUGAUUGUCUUCAAGUACUAAAUGAUGUAUGUGUCUCAUGCAGGAUAAUCCUUGUAUGCUACUGUUUAUCUUGCUAAUAAAUGGAGGCCAGGUCAGAACCCACAAGUCUGCCGACAACUUGCCGAGAAGCUAGGUGCUUUUGACCAGACAUCACCAUAAAACUGGCUCAGGCUCCUUAAAUCUAUUCAGUAAGAGAAGGUAAAUUUGAUUGUUUACUGAUAUCAUUAAAGUAACGUUCUUUUCUGUUAAAACUGAGAGUUCAAAUGAGCCGAGUUGUAUCACUUUGUCCGCAAGUUGGCAACAGCAGUGUCACGGUCUUUUUGUUUUUCUUUUGCUCUUGAAUUGCUUUUGUUGUUAGACUGUUCACAGUACCCUAUUUUUCCGUGUGAUCGUCGAGAUCGAGCGCGUCUUACUGUUAAUGGCGGCCAUCUUGAUUUUAGAUGUACCGAGGGGGCGGGCGUCGGGGAUUAUAGCUCGCCUCCUCCCAAACCGUCCCCCGCCCCCUAAGUAGGAUUAGAUACUCUUCCCUAGCUUAGACUCGGUACGACUGAAAAUCAAGAUGGCCGCCAUUAUGGUAAGACGCGCUCGAUCUCGACGAUCUCACGGAAAAAUAGGGGACUGUGAACAGUCUAUUUUGUUGUCUAUUCUUCUCCCCUUUCUAACGUCCCUGCAACUUGUUACAUUCUUCUUCUUCUUUUUCUGACUGCUUCUUCGCCUUUGCUGUAUCUUUAAUUUCCUUUUCUAGCUUUUGUUGUUUGACUCUUCUUCUUCUUCUUCUUCUUCUUCUUCUGCUGCUGCUGCUGCUGCUUCUGGCCCGCUUCUUGACAAUCCUUUCCUUCCUUUUUUCUACCCGAGUUUUAUUGUAGUUUCCUUCUUGUUCCUUCUUCUUCAGUUUCUCUUAAUUAAUCGGUUCUUUUAUCGCUUGUCUUACUGUUCAUAUUCUCUAGCGAUUUAGAUUAAACCAGUAUCAUAGUUACCUUGAAUGUGCUUAUACCAGAACUUGCUAAAAUUAACUACCAUUCGCCGUUUAUGCUACCAUUUUAGAGUAUAAACUUAGUGGUCGGAUGAAAACAUGCAGUAUUUUAAUGGAGUCGGUCGGCGUCACUCGUUCGAGCUCGGUUUCAUAUUCUCAUUAAGAGAGAAUGAUCUCUUGAUUCUAUUUGAUAUUUUGAUGGCAAAAAUGAGCCCAUUUUUAUACCCAAAGUUUUGACACGAUUCAAGGGGUUUUAUAAAAAUACACUAGGUAAUAAUUAUGUACAUUAUUUCAGAGGAAAAGAGAUUUAAAACUGUUUCAAAUUCAGAUUUUCAAAUUAGGUCCUGAACACGGCGUUUCAGAACAGACCCUGGCGGGUUCAGAACUGGGGGCAUGCACCAGGACCCCAAUUAAUUAAUUUUUUAAUUUCAAAAACUUAUAAGGCGCAAAUAUCUAUAUAAAUAUAUUCAAAUGCGCACGACCCCAAGUAUACUCAGGUUUACGUGUUCCGAUAAGUAGCCCCCGUCAUGGGCAACUGUCAUCUACUAUGCAUGGUUCGCUGGUUAUGUAUUGGUAUCACAUGCUAGAUGACAGCGCACCGCAUUUGAAAUUAAACUUUUUACCUUCCUUGUUCAAUUCACGGCGUGUUGCAAUGUAUGAAAGCUCGCUGUAUCUUUCGGAUGUACAUAUGGGGUGAACAACAGGUUCUUUAUGAAAAUUUUUGCCCGUGCACGUCCCUAAAGGCCAGGACACCACAGCAUGUUACGUGGCCCUCUUUACUGAAAUGAAAGAAGCCGUAUAAUUCGCCUUUCAAGAAAAUAACGUUACCUUGCAUCAUGAACAACAAUCCUUCAGUGUUGAUAUCGAAAAUACUUUAUGGUGUAACUGAUCACACAGGAAUUCGAACACUGAGUGGAAUUAAAAUUUCCCGGCCCUCCACCACGCAUUUCUUAACACGCUAUCAAAAGUUUCUAAUAAUGAUUUCUUUAAAAAGUGAAUUUGUUAUGGUGAUACAACGAUUGGAUUGUUGUGUGUUAUCAUGGCUUUGCUGUACACUUCAAGACAGACACUCGCGGGAUCAGCUCUUGCUCUCGCCUAACAAUCAGUGCCAAUUUUUUUUCGUAGAUGUUUCAACUUCCCCAUUUUAUUUCAAUGGUACGAAAAUUGGUAGGGACGGCUGUAGAGGAAACGGAAGAAGUGAUAAAGCCGAGCGCUGUCGCGGGGACUCUGACCUUCGAAAAUGAUACCAUUUAUCCAGUUAUUAUCGUUGAUCACAAUGGAACGCGAACCUUGGAUCCUGGUCAGUCCCAAGACAACUACCUCGUCAACGACUUUAGCGUGGAUCUGACCUUGAAGCUACCAGACACUAAUAAGGCGAAGAAGAGUUUCCCUGCAAAAGAAUUUAAAGAGCGCACGCUUAAAAUGAGCAAGAUCUUCGCAGAUCACAUUAUGGAUUUGCAUCGUACCAAUGCUCCCGGCGCCGGAUCAGAAUUCAAACUAAAUCCAGGCUCUCAAGAAGAA